AUGCCGUGCUCUACUGCCAAAGAAACAACAGCCUGUACCUUCAUCGGUGGGGGUGUUUUAGCGCGCUGUAUGAUCGACGGUCUGCUUGACAAUAAGCACGACUCGAACCUUGUGAUACGAGUCACAGGGCGUAGGUCCGAUCAUGUGAAGGAUCUCGCUGCCCGCUAUCCCUCUCUUGUCGUGUCACUGGGCAAUCGCCUACCAACGCUCUGGGAUAACCCUUGGCAUAAGCUCGAGAAGAGUCCUACAGCGCACGUCAUCCUUAUCUGCACCCAGCCGUGGGCCACCAGGGAUGUAUGCGAGGAUAUCCAAUACGUUUACUCACGCUGGGACAUAUACCCGAAGCCAAUAUUCGUGACUAUGUGUCCUGGUAUUACGACCUCGCAGCUUGAAAGUUGGCUUCCUGCGGGGGCCUCGAUCAUGAGGACCAUGCCCAACACUCCUGUGGCAGUGAGACAAGGGGCCACAGCCAUGUUUGCCAACAAGGCUGUGACGGCUCAGCAGGUUGCCAUUGUCGCCGAUCUUUUCCGGGCUGUGUCUCCACAAGUCAGUCUUGUUGGCCAAGAGAGCGGUAUUGACGUUGCCGCUUCCAUCUCGGGCUCGAGCCCUGCUUACUUGUUCAAGUUGCUCUCGGCUCUUGUCGAAGCAGGGGUCUCCCACGGACUAGCGCCCGAUACAGCUGCAGCCUUAGUGAAGCAAUCCGGUCUAGGAGCUGCAAUCCAAGCCCUACAGGAUGGAAGAUCCCUCCAGUCACUUAUUGAGGAUGUUUGUGCCCCUGGAGGUAGCACUGAGAAGGCUAUGGCCAGAUUGGAACAGGGGGCUUUCUCUGCUGUGGUGACGGCAGCGGUAGAGAAGAGCCUUGAUGCAAACAGGGCCAUGGGAAAAGAUGAUAUGACGAAAGUCUCGUCUCAUGUCUGA